UCUGCUUUGAAUACACAGCCAGUAUCCCCAAAUUAGAAUCCGUCUGUGGAGCAGGUCAGCUACCACUAGCUCAAGGAGACUCAGUGCUCAAAAAAUACGGUCGAUUGAACUGCGAGAAGGCAAGAUUCUCCAUCGUUGUCCACUAUUCCGUCGAGCAUCGAGACAGAACGUUUCUAUCCCGAGUGUGGCAGGAGCGAUGGACUGGGCCAAAUCCGGCAGGAAAUAAUCUGGGCGAAUCCAGGAGAAGUUCAUGACCUCAGAAUGGAGAGACGUCUUGUCUGGAUCACACAGCUCCAGGAAUGAACUGCCAGUCUCUGGCCCAUCCUUCCUCCUGUGUUGCUGCAGAUAUUUGUAUCAAAAAGCAAUGAGCAUUGAUGUGGCUCAGGAAGUCUGUUUCCUCUUCCAGUCUGGAGUAGGUAUCAUGGGAAACUCCCUUCUCAACAUGUUUUACCUCUCCUCAUUCCUCCUGGGUUCCAAACCAAAGCCCACAGACCUGGUCAUCAUUCACCUAGCUCUGGUCCACACCGUGAUGCUUCUUACCAGGUGGAUCAACAGAACAGCAGGAAUAUUGGGGCUGCGGCUCAUGCAGACCAAUGCUGAGUGUGAGCUGUUUGCCUAUGUCAUCCACAUCACCCGGGGCCUCUCCAUCUGUACUACUUCUCUACUGAGCGUGGUCCAGGCCAUCACCAUCAGUCCUACCACCUCCUACCUGUUCCAGCUUAAGAUUCAGAUCCCAAACUUCAUCCUCCCGGUCUUAGCCAUCUUGUGGAUUCUGAACAUGCUGAUAAGCACCCAACUUUGGUACCAUAUGGUUGCUUCACAUAAUGCAACCACCUUUGGGAUCAGUUGUUAUGUUGUGCUCUCAAACACACUCCUCCACAGGCUGAUUGUCACCUUCGUGGCUCUCCGCGACAUCUUCUCUCUGGGUCUCAUGAGCUGCUCCAGUGGCUUCAUGGUCCUUCUUCUGCACCGACACAGGCUUCAGGUCCAGCAUCUUCACAGUACCAGCCAAGCCCGUAAAACAUCACCAGAGAGACAAGCCACCAAAAUCAUUAUGCUGCUUGUGAGUUGCUUUGUAGUCUUCUACUGUGGAGACUUUGUCCUUUCCCUGCUUCUAGGGACAUCCAUGAAGAAUAAUGUCAUCCUCGUGAAUGCAAGCAUGUUUGUGGUAAAUGGAUAUGCCACUGUCAGCCCCUUUGUCUUGCUCACCUGUGACACCAGAGUCAUCAUGUUCCUAGGUGAUUUUCUGCGGAAUAAGACCCGAAGGUCUUCUCAGACCAUGCUGCUAUCUGCCAUCCCACUUUGAGAUGGGAACCCAGUGACAAUCCUGUGUCUCAAGCAAGAAAGACCAUGGAAGAGCAAUAUCACCAUUAA